ACAUUUGAUUCUGCACUGUCAAUUGCCGCGACUGCUGUCACUGGUCAAAACCAAAAACAUUCUGCCUUCGGUGGAGGAUUUCUCAGUGUAAUAAUGAAAAUAUGUCAGUUCUGUGUAAACUCUGUAAUUUAGGGAGGCUGCAGAAGCAGUCUCCUAUCAGAAGUAUCAGCCAAGGCACUGUUGCGCUCUAUUCACGCCGAAGUGACUCCAAAAAACUCGAUUCUUCGUUCAAAGUAGUGAAGGCGAAAGUUCGACUUGAAGAUGAAUCUGGCUGGUUAGGAAACGAAGGUGGACCAAACUGGGAACUAUUCGCUCCCAAGGGAAAUCGCUUUUAUUUGCCAGGAACGGUCGGGCCUGCGUGGCAAGGAGCAUCGACAACCAUUUCUGCGGAAUGUCCGCUGGAGCACUUAAUUGAUUUUAACUCAAAGGAAUCCGGAAAACUCCACAUAAGUGCGAAACAAUGUCCGACACUAAUUCGAAAAAAUUUACACGAAUUAUUUCCCGCUCCCGAAGUCGUGUCCAACGAGGGACUAACACUCAUCACUUUGAAAUACCACAGUGAUUUGGAAUGCGAACAAGGAGCAAGGAAGUUCGUUUUAGCUGCUCGUGAAAUUUGUUCUCGUCUACGUCUAAAUGGUUAUUGGGCUGAUUUUAUGAAUCCAUUUAGUGGCAAACCAUUUUAUUCGUAUGCAAGUGGCAAAAAUUUGUAUAAAAUUGAUUCACGAUUUCGCGGCCUAGGGAUGAAAUUCAACCGGCAGGAGAAUUGCUUAGUCAUUAGUACCGACGAAGAAAGCGCAUUUUCUGGAAAUGUGUUCACCAAUGCACCAUCAGAUUUGAUUGUUUUAAAAACACUCAUAGAUGAAUAGUUUUGAGUGUAAAAUUUUAGCUUAUCUUAUUUAUGUCAGUCUUUGUAUGGUGCGCUGAUGUGCAAUCAAUAAGACUAAUCAACAAGAUAAAUCGUCUAGUGAACUGUGAGCCAAAACAAUGUUGUGAACAUUUGAGUGAAUAAGAUGGAAAUAAAAAAUUAUUUAUGUAA